UUUUAUUGGAAUUAUCUAUUUUGUAUUUAAAAAUAGUUAUACCCAUUUUACUGCGACCAUGAAUAAAGUACUUUUGAUAUUUGUUUUGACAACUGUCGUAGUUCAAGUUGCCCAAAGUGCCGGUCCCGUUCCAUUACAGCUUAACUGCGGAGAAAAUGCUGUACAAAGUUGUGCUCCCUGUUGUCCAGAAGCAGAAGCUACUUGUUCCAAUAAGGUGCCUCAACCAUGCCGUGGUAUUUGUACACAAGAUUGUAGGUUCUACUGUCGUUGUGUUGAAGGCUACUUAAAAGACACUGCAACUGGAAAGUGUGUCAAAGAAUGUUAAUUUAUUAUUCCCUAAUAGCUUAGUUAAAUUUAUUAAAUAAUAUUACAACGUUAAACAAAAAUGUAGUAAAUAUUAAAGUUUCAUCAUCAA